AGUGAUGGAGGCUCCGGAGGCGACUUGGCUUCCCCCUGAGGAGGAUUUGGCGGAGGACGGAGGCGGCGACGACGCGCCCGCGGCGGCCGAGAUGGCGCCGGAUCGUCCCCCGCUCCGGGCGGGACUCAGCCGGCUGGACAUCCAGCGCUACUCGCGGCAGUUGGUGCUGCCGGAGCUGGGCGUGCGCGGGCAGCUGCGGCUUUCCUCGUGCGCGGUGCUGGUCGUGGGCUGCGGAGGGCUGGGAUGCCCGCUGGCCCAGUACCUGGCCGCUGCGGGCGUGGGCCGCCUGGGGCUGGUGGACCACGACGUGGUGGAGCUGAGUAACCUGCACAGGCAGGUGUUGCACCGGGAGAGCCGCCUGGGCCACUCCAAAGCGCACUCGGCGGCUGCCUCGCUGGAAGAGCUGAAUUCCGCCGGGCGGUACGUGCCUUACAAUCUGGCGCUUAGCCCCGCCAUCGCCCUGGAGCUGGUCCAGGCUUACGACAUCGUCGCCGACUGCUCCGACAACGUGCCCACCCGCUAUCUGGUCAACGACGCCUGCGUACUGGCUGGCAAGCCCUUGGUGUCCGCCAGCGCCUUGCGCUUGGAGGGACAGCUGGUGGUGUACAACUUCCAGGGGGGGCCCUGCUACCGCUGCCUCUUCCCUAAGCCCCCUCCCCCUGAGACGGUCACCAGCUGUGCCGACGGUGGGGUCUUGGGGGUUGUGCCAGGCAUCCUCGGCUCCCUGCAGGCCCUGGAGGUGCUCAAGAUCGCUUCGGGGAUGGGAUCCUCCUUCAGUCAGUCGAUGCUGCUCUUCGAUGCCCUUGAAGGACGGUUUCACCACAUCAAGCUAAGGCCCAGGGAUCCCAAGUGUGCUGUGUGUGGGGACCGGCCCUCCCUGAUGACCCUGCAGGAUUAUGAAACUUUCUGCGGGUCUUCAGCAACUGAUAAGUGUCAGAGGUUGCACUUAUUGUCUAGCAAAGAGAGGAUAUCGGUAGAAGAAUACAGAAAGAUUCUAGACAACCAGAUUGCUCAUGUAUUGGUUGAUGUCCGUCCACUAGUCGAAGUGGAGAUCUGUUGCUUGCCAAAAUCCCUCCAUGUGCCUUUAAAUAAACUAGAAAGAAAAGAUGAAGAAUGUUUGAAGUCUUUGUACCAGAAGAUACAGGAAGAGAAGCAGAGGACUGAUGACAGUGUGGCUUUUCCAGUUUAUGUUGUCUGUAAAUUAGGAAACGACUCUCAAAAAGCUGUGAGAAUAUUACAGGAACUGCCUUAUGAUGAGCUAGGCUUAAUUUCAAUUAAGGAUAUCAAAGGAGGACUCAUGGCAUGGGCUGACAAAAUUGACCAUGAGUUUCCUCAGUAUUAAUGUUUUCUAAUAGCUAUAAUUUUUUGUUUUAAAGAAAAUUCAUUGAUUUCCUUGGUUGUUUAGAAAGGAAUUCACUGCUAUAACAAGGUAACAUGUUUGUAUCUUCAUUUGUAUAAGUCUCCCUUUAAACAUUUAGUUCUUUAAAUCAGGGUUUUCCAAAGUGUUCCACAGAACCCUAGGGUUCCAUGAGAACUUGAGAGACUAAGAGGAAAGAGAAAAGGUUGAUUUGAAUACAGCCAGGGGCAUCUGUUGUGGAAAGGGCAGGAUUUGUUCUGCAAAAAUGCAUCACAGCCACUAUUUUGCUGAAUUAAACAUGUUUUAUGGCCUGAAAAAGUUUGGAAACUCCUGCUUCAAACAACAAGUUAUCCAAAGCAACUUACAUAUAUGGGGUGGGAGAGAAAAUUACCCCACCCCCAUGUAAAAGGGAUAGAACAGGGAGGAAAAAGGAGGCAGAUGGAAGAGGAAAAAAGUUGUUCACCAGUUCUUCAGGUUCUUAGAUAAUGACCUGAUGAAUCAGGCUGCAACUAGGGUCUGUGUCACCUGGGGCAAACAUGGAUUCCGCACCCAUUUUGGCACCCCCCAAAGCUCUUUUUGGUGCCCCCCCAGCGUGGCGCCCAGGCACAUGCCCCACUUGCCCCCCCCGCAGUUGUGGCCCUGGGAUGAAUGCAAUACAUAGAAAAGAGAAGGCUGAUGGAAUGACCCUGUUUCACAUUUCAUUUUCCCCCUGUAGCUUGACCAGUAAUUAUACUUAACUUGUGCUACAAUAAAAUCAUACAAAGGAUAUGUCGGUA